AUCAAUUAUAGGAUUGGGUUUAGCACACGGAGAACGGAAUCCGAUGUAGAAAAACUUGGGGAUAACUUUUCGUAUCAUUGGGUCAACUCGGUUAGGCGAUUCAAAAACUUCCUACGAGAUCCAAUUAGAUAUCGUCGUCCGCCGAUUGGGGCUUCUUCGAGCUGUGGAGGAGUUGAGCUUCUCAAUCUUGCUUCGAUUUGUCGUGUUUUUCUCCGUCGAUUCCGUUGAGCCGACGGUCGAUUGGAUCACCUCCAAGGUAGCUGUAACAACCUGGAUCAAUUGGAUAAGGUUCACGAGUGGAAAUCGAUCUGAAAGUGGAUGGAGGGAGACACACGGCGUUGGGUUUUAGGAUUGAUAUAUAUACUUGCAGUGGCAACAAUAUGGAUUGCUGCUAGCUAUAUAGUUCAGUCUGUUGUAGACUCUGGUGUUUCUCCUUUCUUGAUAACUUACAUCUGCAACUCAUUAUUUGUGAUUUACAUCCCUAUUGUUGAAAUUUCUCGAUAUGUUGAGGAUUCAAAUGAAAAAAUCUUUUCCUGGUUCAAAGGCAAGAAUCAUUCUGAUACGCAGCUAUCUGCUGAUUUGGAGAAUGUAAAUCUUCUAGUAGAAGGUGAUCAUAAUACUCACCCACCAGUGGUCAGUCCUACUGGAAUGGAAAUUAUGUCAGGAGCUGUCUCUGGAUCUCAAGAUUCUGAGAGUACAUUUCAUAGUCAGAGUAGAAUAAUCUUUGAGCAAGAACCAAUUAUGGCCGUAGAUGAUUGCAGUCAGCAAGUGGAUUCAAAGGGACGCUGGACUCGUACUCGUGUGGCUACAAUCAGCUUGCUGAUAUGCCCUUUUUGGUUCUUUGCACAACUAACCUUCAAUCUUUCACUUAAGUAUACGACAGUUACAUCAAAUACUAUUUUGAGCAGCACGUCAAGCCUUUUCACUUUCUUGGUUGCCUUAGCUUUUCUUGGAGAAAAAUUCACAUGGCUGAAGCUAACAAGUGUUCUUCUCUGCAUGGGAGGAACAAUAAUUGUCAGUCUAGCUGAUUCAGGUUCUGAAGUCAGUGCAAUUGCAACAAAUCCUCUUUUAGGAGAUGUUCUAGCUCUCAUUUCAGCCGGACUAUAUGCUGUUUAUAUCACCCUGAUUCGGAAAAAGUUACCUGAUGAAAAAAAAGGAGAAGGUCAAGCAAGUACCGCUCAGUUUCUUGGUUUUGUUGGGCUAUUUAAUCUCUUGAUAUUUCUUCCUGUUGCUGUAUUUUUAAAUUUCACAAGAUUGGAGCCCUUUCACAGCCUUAACUGGAAUCAAUUUGGCCUCAUUGUUGGAAAAGGUUUAUUGGACAAUGUGCUGAGCGAUUAUUUAUGGGUGAAGGCCACCCAUUUAACAACAACAACAGUUGCUACGGCCGGUCUAACAAUUCAGGUCCCGAUAGCCGCUGUUGUGGACACACUGACCGGCCAUGCUCCCCACCUCAUGGACUACAUUGGAGCUGUCGCUGUUAUGAUUGGGUUUGCGGGGAUCAACAUCCCAUCUGAUGAUUCCCCUGGAACUCAAGCCAUCCCGAAAGAAGAAGUCACAAGCAUUGUCGUGGAUGAUGGCCAUCUUGAGCUGGCAUCAGAUGGUGGCACGAUUGAUGCCCGAUAGUGCGUGCAGUAUCUUUUCAUCCUAGCGGUACUCAAGACUUAUUUUUUGCUUGAUGGAUCAGGCAAUAUAUAUGAUCUUGAUCAUCCGCAUCGGUGUAGAUCUAUCAGUUUAUCAAUCCAGAGAGCUUACACAACAGGAGACGAGGAUCCUCAGCAGCCUCCAGGCAUCAUAUGCUGACAUGAACAGAGACAGUCCU